UGUUUAUUUACGGAAAAUAUGAAAACGCGUGGCUUAGAUCCUCUUGUUACUUUAUUUUCGGCCUGAACUGGAAUAUUUGUUUCUACUCUUCGCCCUCAUGGUUCCUCCUGGAUCAGUUAUAAUCUCUGACUGGCAUCUUUGUAAAGAAAGCAAAGGGUAUUUCAACACAAUUUUACACAAGAAAAGACGUAAAAAAUUUGGCCUGUUGGAGUCUCCGGUGAUGCCCCCUCAUGUGUCCGUGGACACCGUUCAUUAUAAAGUCUUCAUGUCUGGCAAAGGUGGGGUUGGCAAAACCGCACUUGCUGCUCGCCUUGCAGGCCGGAACCUUCCCAGCAUGCACCACGAGACCACAGGCAUUGAGACCACAGUGGUGUACUGGCCGGCGAAGCUGAGAGACAGCGGCAGGGUCCUCUUCUUCCGUUUGCAGCUUUGGGACUGUGGAGAGAACGCCUUGCGCAGAUUUGAUCAUUUGCUUCCUUCCUGCAGGGAGCAGGCGGACGCGGUCCUCUUCCUCUUCUCCUUCAUCGACAGGACAUCCUUUGACGACCUGUCCAACCAAACGGCCAAAUGGAACGAUCCAUCUGUCGUCAAAGUGGUGAUUGGCACCAAAUUUGACCUUUUCAUGCACUGCGACGUGUCAGAGAGAGAUGUCAAGGAGUUUCAGGAAACGUGGAACUUGCCGAUGCUGCGUAUGGGCGGGGAGGUCACCGAUGGGCUAGGGGACGUGGCCCCCAUCCUCAACUGCCUUGCAGAGAACUUGUGGCAUCAAGAGUGCCUGAUGAACACGACGGCGGUCCGGCCCUGCCAUCAGGACUGCGGCACUGCACUCUGAUGGAAGGAAAGAGACGUUUCUGGAAGAGAAAAUGCUUCAAACUGGGAUCAACAGACGUUUGUGCUGACAGUGGGACGUCCUAAAACGCCAUUAAGAGGCUUUUACAGCACAUUUCUGUAUUCACGUUUACACUGUCACUCUUAUAGUUUAUUGAAGCUGGAAUGAGAAAAAUAAUUGAGCUACAAGACUCAACCAGACUCAGAAAUGCAGUCGACACCAGGACUAUGAAAGAAGCUCAAAAAUCAAUCAAAUAUCAGAAAAAAGUGAGAAGUAUGGUUAAUUUGUGGUAAAUGUUGCAGGUAUCAAAUAAUUUCUUAAAGAAAUUGAGAGCAUUUUCAGAUUAUGUUCAGAUAUUUCUCUCAAAGCUCCUCUUUCACAUUCAAAAGGUCUUAUUCAUCUCUAAACACAGCAGCUCUUAAUAAGCUCCAUCAGUUUUUCUUUGUAUUUCUGUUACCACACACUCCAUUUACUGUUGAGAAGUUUGUUCUGUUUGCUUUUUAUUUCAGAUGGAAGGAUUCCGAGCUGUGCAUGAAUCCUCAACAUUUCUACUGUAGAAAUUAAACCGACAUUUUUUUA